AUGCCAUCAGAUUUUCAGAAGAAUAGGCAAAUCAUUGAUGAUAUAAUGCAUGAUAUAAUGGUAAAACCGCUUCCAUGUGGUGUAAGAUUAAUGGCUAUAUUUGAUGAUUCUUGCCAUUCUGGCAUAGCACUUGAUUUACCUUGUAUAUAUUUAAUACAAGGAAAAGUGAAAGAAGCAAAUUUUUUAUCAGAAGGUAGUAAUGCUAUUAAGAAUGCUAGUAUGUCAUAUUUAAAAGGUGAUAUUGGUGAAAUAAAGACAAGAUUGAUUUUAUUUGGUAAAAAGGCAACAUCAGGAAAAAAUUAUAGAUAUAAGAAUGUUAAUAUUUCAUAUCAACAAAUGCUUAAUUCUGUUAGAGUUAUCCUUUUAACUAAAUACUCUCAGAAACCACAAUUAAGCACAUCACAUGAAAUGGAGAUGAAUUCAUUAUUUAUUAUUUAA